CGUUCAGUGUGGUUCAGACGCUCCGAUCCCUUCAUUCAGUUUCUUUUGUUUUUGGUUUGCUCGGACACCCCCCGACACUAAGCAGCCAUGGAUGCCAUCAAGAAGAAGAUGCAGAUGCUUAAGCUCGACAAGGAGAACGCCUUGGACAGAGCUGAGCAGGCCGAGUCAGACAAGAAGGCAGCGGAGGACAGGAGCAAACAGCUUGAGGAUGACCUGGUAGCACUGCAGAAGAAGCUGAAGGCAACUGAGGAUGAGUUGGACAAGUACUCUGAAGCCCUGAAGGAUGCCCAGGAGAAACUGGAGCUUGCUGAGAAGAAGGCCACAGAUGCUGAGGGUGAUGUAGCUUCCCUGAACAGACGUAUCCAGCUGGUUGAGGAGGAGUUGGACCGUGCUCAGGAGCGUCUGGCCACAGCUCUGACCAAGCUGGAGGAGGCUGAGAAGGCUGCUGAUGAGAGUGAAAGAGGCAUGAAGGUCAUUGAGAACAGGGCAAUGAAGGACGAGGAGAAGAUGGAACUGCAGGAGAUCCAGCUGAAGGAGGCCAAACACAUUGCAGAGGAGGCUGACCGCAAAUAUGAGGAGGUGGCCCGUAAGCUGGUGAUCAUUGAGAGUGACUUGGAACGUACAGAGGAGCGUGCUGAGCUGUCUGAGAGCAAAUGCUCUGAGCUUGAGGAGGAGCUGAAAACUGUGCAGAACAACCUGAAGUCUCUGGAGGCCCAGGCAGAGAAGUACUCACAGAAGGAGGACAAGUACGAGGAGGAGAUCAAGGUUCUUACAGACAAGCUGAAGGAGGCUGAGACUCGUGCUGAGUUCGCUGAGAGAUCAGUCGCCAAACUCGAGAAGACCAUUGAUGACCUGGAGGAUAAACUCAGAAGUGCUAAAGAAGAAGGGCUGAGCGUAAGGCAGAUGCUGGAUCAGACACUGAUGGAGAUGGUUAACAUUUGACACAACAUUUCUCCCCACAUUGCCUCAUUUGCUCUGAAUAUGGCUGGCUCCCAUAUACGGCUGCUGUCGGACUUGUGUUUAGAUGUGUCCUCUGACCUAGUCAUCCUGAAGAAACACAAGGUAGCACAAAUGGCUUCGGUGAGCUACAGUUAAACUACUCUGUUUCCGUUACACACUGUAAUCAAAGGUCAGUUAACAUUCACUGUAUAUCUUUAAUGUGUUACGUAUGUCUGUUGGGAAAAUUUGCACUUUUGUAGGGAAAAAUACUGCACAUAACAUCGUGAACAAAGCCAUAAGUUAAGCCAAGGUAAUAUAAAAGGGACUUUUAUUAUGUGUACUUUUGUAAAGUUGCUUGUGUGUCUUUGUUUCUUCUGUAUUAUAAACAUUUAUUCAGUGUCAGUGACGUAGUUCACUUCCAGUUUGGCAUAGGAAGAAAUUCUUAGUGCAGUUGCUUGAAUGUAUUGUUUUGUUCAGCUAAGUGAAAGAAAUGUUUGCACACUGUACUCAUUUUUCUGUUCGUUUUGAGGAACUGUCUUGAUU